AUGGUGAUAUCACACCCAGCUGGUAAAUACUCUGCAGCACCGCGUCUCACGUCCAAGUCAUCGGCGAUCGAGCUCGCCGCACGCUACGCCGGCGCAGCGUCCUUGUCGGCGUCGAACGCCAGCGCGGCGCUCCAACUCAUCCCGGCACAAUGCCUGACCGGCCAAGUCCAGGACUGCUUCGUGCUCGUGGAUCACUCUGCCAGCCAACUGGGCCGGGCCUAUGAAGUGUUGGGCCGGAUCAGUUCCGACCCGGUGGAUAUGCACCAGCUCGAUGAUGCCGCCACGUGGGCUAGCGCAGCGCUCACCGAUCUCACGACGUGUCUCCAGGCCGUGCGUUCGAUGGGUCCUUGCAGUAGCUCACGUGAAGAGCUCGUGCGGAGCUUGGCCGAGGCCUCUCGCCACACCAGUAACGCUCUUUAUUUCAUCUCUCGUAUCAAGGGAUGA